AUGAGGCAAAACUUUCACCGUUACCUUCUUCCACCAGCACUAUUAACAGUGCACGCUCUGCUGCUCCUACCGAUCCUAAUCCCAUACAGACCCGAUAAUUCGCCAAACCCAGAAUCCUCGCUACAAGUCGCUCUAAACUCGGCGCGAUACGCUUUGCCACUUGCCUGUAUCGCCUUUGGGACAACAAGCGGUUUGCGCCUCCUAGCACGAUCACAAGCUUUGUCUCUAUCGGAAAGCCGCGUUGCAUGGGCCGUACUCUUCUCGCUUGGUGUGGCGGAAGAAGUCGUGCGAUGGGGUGUCGCGAGAUACCUAUCCGACUUGGAAGGUGGGGGAGGAGGGUAUGGCGCAAAGAAUCCAGCACCUAAGCGGGGCCGCCCGAUUCCUGGCACCAUGAUGUUUUUCCACGCUUCAAGUGUCGAAGUUGAGCCUGGUAUAUGGGAAGGAAUUUAUCUAAUGGGCUGGCUGUGGAGCGCAUUGGAAUGCACGUAUACCUGGUGGUCUCUAACACCACGCCAGACCUCUAGCCGCCCUAUCUUAGCGGAUAUUGGGGAAACAGUGCCGAUUUCUCGGCCCCAUUCGUACCAUAGUUGGAGGAAGGAGCAUAACAAAAAACGAAGCACAGAUUCUACCAUUCGCACGAUCCGAGGCUUGACUAGAAAGCCAGACAUCCCGUUUACAAAUCCAUAUUCUGCGUCACUAGAUGAGCACCGCUAUCAGCCAAUUAAUGGCGGCAGUCUGGCUUACCAAGGCGUGCUGGGCAAAUUCGAGGACCGAGCAAGCUCGCCAGAACUCAGCCGUCGAAUCGUACGGGAAGAAGAUAAUGAUGCUGGCGACGAAGAAACGUCCGCUACCGAUAAUGAUAACGACGCCUUGGACUCACCACUAACUCCUACCGUGUAUCGCCCGGCGUAUCAUGCUGCGGUACCGGCACAGGCACUGCGACCAACAACGGACGAGGAAGAUGACCAGGAAGAAAGUACGCCGACUCAACAGAAACACAAUGCUCGGUUCUUUAUGCCUGGGUCGAUAACUUCUGACAGCGACUAUUUUGGAGGACGAGAGCCAGCAUGGACCUUCAGCAAUCAGAUAUCACCGAAGAGACACACUCCUGAGCCUAGUCGCCGGCUAAGUGCCUUAAUCAGCGACUCCGAGACAGAAGGCUUGAUAUCUGGUGCACAAACACCUCUUUUGAGUUCGUCUAUUCCGCUGGAUCAGGAACAGGCAUCUCUUCUAGACCAUCCGCACGGCCCAAGCUACGGGAGCACCCAUCAGCUUCAGGCACCCCUAGGAACUUUACCUCCCCCGCCCCUAGAAACGCAUUUAAACAAACUAAGUGUGGCAAUUCGACCAUCGAUUACCUCACACCCCAGUUAUCUCUCUAUCACCACAGGAGAUGAGGCAGAGGAUGAAUCUGAUACGCAAGGGAAUGGCGGUUCUUUCGGUAGAGCCUAUCCGUCACACCCUGCAUUUUCUUCAUCGUACAUCCACCAACAUUUCCCGUCUCCUAAUUUGUCAAACACGACUUAUGGCCAGAUAACACCGACAAACACGACACUUCGCCUUCCUCGUCCGAAACUAGCUACAUCACAUACCUUGUCUAUUAGGAGAACUAAGGCGAAGCGGCCAAGGAGCUUUCCGGGCCUUCCGUUGCAACAUACUCCGCCAACUGAAAUAUCAAAUCAUCUUCCUGAUGAUACGUAUCGAUAUUUCAAUGGGGUAGAAGUCGACUCUGUUUCAUUUGUUUUAGCUGUACUUUGGGUCAUUAUAGUUGCAUUUCAACACGUAGGCUACGGCUUAUGGUACGUUUGGUUUCCAACUCCAAUUUUCGAGAACGUGAUUCAAGGGUGGAGCAUUGUUUUCUUUGUGGGUAUUGCCUUUGCAAAAGGAGUAUAUAUCGCCGAGAUUAACAGUGGUUGGAUUAUAGCGUAA